UGGGGCUGGCUCGCAGCCUGCGGUCUACUCUCUGUAUGUGCACUGCUCUCGAAGGAGCAGGGCAUCAGCGUACUACCGCUGUGCAUGGCCUUGAGGAUACGCGCAUUGGUCGCUGAUUCCACGCGUCCAGAACGACAGACGCAGUGUCUAGAGGCUCACCGACGACGGUGGCCAACCUGCAAAUACUGCAUACGACAAAUUGCCUACCGAUGCUUCUUGGAUCGUGACCUUGCUGCUCUCGCAACAUUGACGGCUUUACUCCUGUGCUUCAGGCUAUGGAUUCUACAGGGAAGCUUUCCCGAAUUCACCGCGAUGGACAACCCGGCGUCCUUCUCGCCCAUUCCUGUUACCAGGCUGCUGACUUAUAGCUACCUGUGCGCCUUCAACGCUUGGCUCGUCUUGUGUCCACGUGCCCUGUCUUACGAUUGGCAGAUGGGCAGCAUACCUCUCGUGACGUCACCUUUCGAUCCAAGGAAUCUGGCAACACUGGCGAUACUUCUUUUGCUAGCAGUUCUCGCCUGGCGGGCCUUAAUUUCAUCGCAACGCAAAGGCAGCACUGCUGGUGGAUCAAGGCAGCAGUGCUGCUACUACAGAACUCCCGAGGAAGUGCGAGAGCCUCCUUCGGGAGUACUAGUGGCACUGCUUCUUACUGUGCUGCCUUUCCUUCCGGCGACCAACCUCUAUGUGACAGUCGGCUUCGUUGUCGCCGAGAGAGUUCUCUACAUUCCCAGCAUCGGAGUUACACUGCUCCUGGCCGAAGGACUGCGCCGCCUCCACACGAGGUGCUCUCGAGCGAUGCGGUGGUGCACCGCGAGCUCCUGCUUCAUUCUAGUGCUGCUCUUUGCUGCCCGUACUUGGAGCAGGAACGGCGUGUGGGCCUCUAGAGAAGCCCUGUUCGAAUCAGGUAUCAGGGACCUUCCAGGAAACGCAAAGAUGCAUUACAACUACGCUAAUCUGCAGAAAGACAUCGGCAACUCCGACCAGGCUGUCAAGCACUACAGGCUGGCGAUCGAGUUGUGGCCCGAGCACGCCAGCGUGCACAAUAACUUGGGCACUGUGCUGACGUCGACGGAGGAGUCGGAACGUCACUUCCGGUACGCCUUGCGCGUCAAUCCAAAUCACCCUGGAGCUCAUUUUAACCUCGCCAAUAUCUACAGCAAGCAAGGCCAAAAGGAGGUAGCCCGGACUCUGCUGGAGCGUGCGGUAGAGCUGGAGCCCGAUUUCUGCGAGGCCUACUCGUCCCUAGCAGCGCUCGCCGCCGAAAGGGGAGACUCCGCUGAAGCCGAGAGGCUGCACCAGAUGGCGCUAGCGAGUGACGACCGAAAUGCGGAUGCGCGCAACAACUAUGGAACGUUCCUUCAGUCACAUGGGCGUGCGGAAGAAGCCAUGACACAGUACCAGAAGGCUCUCGACCUCCAGCAAAAUCACACCGUGGCCCUCCUUAACGCAGCCAGAAGCCUUCGGAGCAUGAACCUCAACCUGCAGGCCGAGAGUCUCUACAAGAGAGCUCUUGCGGUGGAGCCAGACCCACAGGUGAUGGACAACCUCGCCGUUUUCUACGUCAGUGCUGGUCGCUUGGACGAAGCAAGGCAGCUCUUCGAAGAAAUUAAUCGGCUCUUUCCAGAACACCGCGACAGCAACGUUCAUCAUGCCCAGCUUCUUAUUCGCCUCCGAAGCUUCCGAGUGGCCGAGGACCUUCUUCUAAACGUCAUCGAGAAUAACAGCACAGACAGAGCGGCCUUGCACACUGCUGCUCUUUUGUACAACCACAUCAACCGCACAGUCGAGGCAUUGGACUAUGUACUGAAGGCCCUAAAGCUCUGCGACGUUGAUGACCUGCUCUGUGCUAAAAUACACAGUGAUCAUGGCGAUAUACUCAAGGACUUGGGGGACCUCAGCUCUUCAGCACAGAGUUACGAAAUCGCUAUUAGACUUGAUCCAAAUCUCGCUCACGCACAUCUGAAUCUCGCCGUGAUAAGGCACUUAGAGAACGACUACCCUGGCGCUUUCCGACACUACCAGGUGGCCCUGUCUCUCGAUCCAAACAACAAGCUAAUCAUGGACAACAUGGCCAAAUUAAGGCGGCGAAUUACUAGGCCACUGCCGUUCCACGAGUGCGUUUAGACGGGUCGUAUUGUCUAAGUGCAUUUACUGUGCUGCUUUUUUUUUGUAUAGAGACAAUUUUAGUUUUUACUGUACAUGUUCCGACUGGAUUGAAACUGUACCGCUUUUUAUGUUUUGCAACUCUGUCAUUGUAAACGCGGAUGCCCGGUAGAGUUAAUCGAAGGGUGGUGCAUCAACAUGAGGGCUUGUUAAGAACGAUUCUACAUUUCUCACUUAUAUUUUACACAAAUUAGGCUUUAGAACAUCCUGGUCUUUCACAGAGGGUUGCUAAAGCCACCUCCAAAUAAGAUACAGACUUUCGAAUUUUAUGUCACUGAUGGGAACGAUAAUAACUAUUCUAAAGUAUUCGUGGAAACCAUGUAAAAUCUGUUGGCUGCAAAUAGCCAAAAGCAGGGCCUGUUCCAUACACUGAUUCUCAUAAGUGCACGGUGUACUUGUGAAACCACUAUACCAUGCUGCUGUGCUGUGCCAUUUUCGCGAUUUAAUUGGUUUUGCCAUCGGUCUGACACAGGAUUCUUAGAAAUGUUAUUGUUUAACGUACAUUUUCUACGGUCCUUUAU